GGCGCGCGCUCUCGUGGCCUGCUGUCCUGGCGGCGCCAACUGAAGCGCCGCGUCUGUGCCGACAUGCUGCGCCGCGCUCUGCUCUGCCUGGCCCUGACCGCGCUAUUCCGCGCGGGUGCCGGCGCCCCCGACGAGGAGGACCACGUCCUGGUGCUCCAUAAGGGCAACUUCGACGAGGCGCUGGCGGCCCACAAGUACCUGCUGGUGGAGUUCUACGCCCCAUGGUGCGGCCACUGCAAGGCUCUGGCCCCGGAGUAUGCCAAAGCAGCUGGGAAGCUGAAGGCAGAAGGUUCUGAGAUCAGACUGGCCAAGGUGGAUGCCACUGAAGAGUCUGACCUGGCCCAGCAGUAUGGUGUCCGAGGCUACCCCACCAUCAAGUUCUUCAAGAAUGGAGACACAGCUUCCCCCAAAGAGUACACAGCUGGCCGAGAAGCGGAUGAUAUCGUGAACUGGCUGAAGAAGCGCACGGGCCCCGCUGCCAGCACGCUGUCCGACGGGGCUGCUGCAGAGGCCUUGGUGGAGUCCAGUGAGGUGGCCGUCAUUGGCUUCUUCAAGGACGUGGAGUCGGACUCCGCAAAGCAGUUCUUGUUGGCAGCAGAGGCCAUUGAUGACAUCCCCUUUGGGAUCACAUCUAACAGCGAUGUGUUCUCCAAAUACCAGCUGGACAAGGAUGGGGUUGUCCUCUUUAAGAAGUUUGAUGAAGGCCGGAACAACUUUGAGGGGGAGGUCACCAAGGAGAAGCUUCUGGACUUCAUCAAGCACAACCAGUUGCCCCUGGUCAUCGAGUUCACCGAGCAGACAGCCCCGAAGAUCUUCGGAGGGGAAAUCAAGACUCACAUCCUGCUGUUCCUGCCGAAAAGCGUGUCUGACUAUGAGGGCAAGCUGAGCAACUUCAAAAAAGCGGCUGAGAGCUUCAAGGGCAAGAUCCUGUUUAUCUUCAUCGACAGCGACCACACUGACAACCAGCGCAUCCUGGAAUUCUUCGGCCUAAAGAAAGAGGAGUGCCCGGCCGUGCGCCUCAUCACGCUGGAGGAGGAGAUGACCAAAUAUAAGCCAGAGUCAGAUGAGCUGACGGCAGAGAAGAUCACCGAGUUCUGCCACCGCUUCCUGGAGGGCAAGAUUAAGCCCCACCUGAUGAGCCAGGAGCUGCCUGACGACUGGGACAAGCAGCCUGUCAAAGUGCUGGUUGGGAAGAACUUUGAAGAGGUCGCUUUUGAUGAGAAAAAGAACGUCUUUGUAGAGUUCUAUGCCCCGUGGUGCGGUCACUGCAAGCAGCUGGCCCCUAUCUGGGAUAAGCUGGGAGAGACGUACAAGGACCACGAGAACAUAGUCAUCGCCAAGAUGGACUCCACGGCCAACGAGGUGGAGGCGGUGAAAGUGCACAGCUUCCCCACGCUCAAGUUCUUCCCCGCCAGCGCCGACAGGACGGUCAUCGACUACAACGGGGAGCGGACACUGGAUGGUUUUAAGAAGUUCCUGGAGAGUGGUGGCCAGGAUGGGGCCGGAGAUGAUGAUGAUCUAGAAGAUCUUGAAGAAGCAGAAGAGCCUGAUCUGGAGGAAGAUGAUGAUCAAAAAGCUGUGAAAGAUGAACUGUAACGCAGAGAGCCAGACCUGGGCACCAAACCCGGCACCUCCCAGUGGGCUGCACACCCAGCAGCACAGCCUCCAGACGCCCGCAGACCUUCCCGGCGAGGGAGCGUCGAUCGGAAAUGCAGGGAACUUUUCUGAAGCCACACUUCACUCUACCACACGUGCAAAUCUAAACCCGUCUUCCUUUGCUUUUCAACUUUUGGAAAAGGGUUUAUUUCCAGGCCAGCCCAGCCCAGCCCAUCUUGGUGGGCCUUUUUUUUUAAAUCGUGAUGUACUUUUUUUGUACAUGGUUUUGUCCAGAGUGCUCGCUAAAAUGUUUUGGACUCUCACGCUGGCAAUGUCUCUCAUUCCUGUUAGGUUUAUACUAUCACUUUAAAAAAAUCCCGUCUGUGGGAUUUUUAGACAUUUUUGGACGUCAGGGUGUGUGCUCCACCUUGGCCAGGCCUCCCUGGGACUCCUGCCCUCUGUGGGGCAGAACCAGGCAAGGCUGGACGGGUCCCUCACCUCAUGCGGUAUUGCCAUGGUGGGGCAUGGCUCCUGCAUCAUUUGAUUAAAUGGAGACUUUCCGGGCUCUGUCACAGGCCGCUCCCCCACCAUGAGUGGAGGGUGUGGCUGGGCCCAGGACAAGCCCAGCAGCCCCCUCCCCCAAGCCAGGGUCCUUAUUGCUCUGUGCUGUCCAGGGUGGCCUGAGGCCUGCGCCAGGCAGAACCGGGACCCUUCGUUUCCAGGCUGGGAGACAGCCAAGGAUGCUUGAGCUGAAUCACAUGUUGACAGUUCUUCAGGCAUUUCUACCACAAUAUUGGAAUUGGACACAUUGGCCAAAUAAAGUUAAAAUUUUC